AUGGAGAUCAAGAGAAGCUUCUGGCCAGCUGGCUUACAAACCUCGCAAAAGGAAAUCGGGAAAAUUGUCAAGAAAGACUGCAAUAGGGUUGUAACUGGCAACUACGCGAAGAAUGGGAAUCAUCUAUCUGGUGGGCCAGGCUACAGAUGCCGCCCGGAUGGGGUGGCCCAGAUGUGGGAAACAGUCAUCUCAGACUGGGAAUUGAAGAGUAACUACCAUGCCAAGAAGGACACUGAAAGGGCUGUGGCAGAGGGUAUGUCCUCUGAAGUGUUCAACAUGCAUGAAAAUCCCCUUGUCUUCUUGAGGGUCUUUACCGCAGUCAUGUUCUUGGACAAGGAGUAUCUUGGGUUCAACCCCAGCAUCAGCGUCAGGUGUCCUGGAGGCGGUGCUCGUAGCUUGACUGUGGCGGGCAAGUCAUACGUGAUUGAGGAGCAGGUUGUGGAACAUCCUGCUGAUUACUGGCCAGAUGUCACGCGGGGUAGCACUGAGAUUGAGUUCUUGAAUGCUGCACGAGAUGUACCAGGCGGAAUCAAGGGUGUCUGCAAGCUAGUAGAUGAAGAGCUCGUCAGAUUCCGAGGAGCGGAGGAUAUGACUGACCUGAUACGACCUCCGGCAAUGAAGGAGAAAGUCAUGUCAGGACAGCACUGUCAAUUGCAUAGGCAUCUGGUGCUGCAGCCAUUUGCGGUUCCUAUUACUCAUUUCGCAACAAAACAGGAAUUAAUAAGCGCUUUCAUAGAUGUCAUUCAAGAUGACUCUGGAUGCCAAAGAGGACUGCUCAUUGACCUCAAUUAUGCACUGUGGUAUUCCGAGGACCAUGGGGAGAUGGUGAAGGAGCGAAAGGUUGGCCAAGCCGAACGGCACCAUGCCUUUCAUGGCUAUAGAACUCCUGGUCUCGGGCGGGAAAUUGGUACAUAG